AUGUCGAUCAAGCCGAAGUAUCGCCCAACAAUUAUCAAAAAACGCACCAAGAAAUUCAUCAGACAUCAAAGUGAUCGUUAUGACAAACUCAAGCCCAACUGGCGUAAACCCAAGGGUAUUGACAACAGAGUCCGAAGACGAUUCAAGGGACAGUAUUUGAUGCCCAAUGUCGGUUACGGUAGCGACAAGAGAACCAGACACAUGUUGCCUUCCAAAUUCCGUAAAGUCCUUGUACACAACGUAAGAGAAUUGGAAAUGUUGAUGAUGCAGAACAGGAAAUACUGUGGAGAGAUCGCUCAUGGUGUUUCAUCCAAAAACCGUAAAACCAUUGUUUCUAGAGCCCAAGAGUUAUCUAUCAGAUUGACCAAUGGAAAUGCACGUAUUCGUACACAAGAGGGUUAA